GUCCGUGACUCACGGAUUUGGGUGGGGUGUUGUCAAGAAAGUCACGGGCCGGCGAAGUUGGAGACUGAAAGUCGGGACUGAUCCAGGCUGUGGCAAUGGAUGCCUUUGAUGUCAUCUUCAACCAGCCUGUUGUUAUUGACAAUGGUUCUGGAGUGAUCAAGGCAGGAUUUGCUGGAGACCAGACACCAAAAUGCCACUUCCCAAAUUACGUGGGCAGACCGAAGCAUGUCCGAGUGAUGGCCGGAGCCCUGGAGGGUGACAUUUUUGUCGGCCCCAAGGCAGAAGAGCACCGAGGACUGCUUAGCAUCAGAUACCCCAUGGAGCACGGCAUUGUGACCGACUGGAACGACAUGGAGAGGAUUUGGCAGUACAUCUACAGUAAGGACCAGCUGAAAACGUCUUCAGAGGAGCACCCAGUACUUCUGACAGAGGCCCCUCUGAACCCCAGGAAGAACAGGGAGAAGUCGGCUGAAAUAUUUUUUGAAACCCUUCAAGUUCCUGCAUUAUUUGUGUCCAUGCAAGCCGUCCUCAGUCUGUACGCCACAGGCCGCACCACGGGUGUGGUGCUGGACGCCGGCGACGGUGUCACGCACGCCGUGCCCAUCUACGAGGGCUUUGCGCUGCCGCACAGCAUCAUGCGGGUGGACGUGGCCGGCCGCGACGUCUCCAGAUACCUGAGACUGCUGCUGAGGAAGGAGGGCGUCAACUUCCACACGACGGCCGAGUUUGAGGUGGUCAAGGCCAUCAAGGAGCGCGCCUGCUUCGUGGCCACCGACCCGCGCCGCGAGGAGACCAAGGAGACGGAGCGGGUGCGCUACACCCUGCCCGACGGUAGUGCGCUGGAGAUCGGCGCGGCGCGGUUCCGUGCGCCCGAGGUGCUGUUCCGGCCGGACCUCAUCGGCGAGGAGUACGAGGGCAUCCACGAGGUGCUCAUGUACUCCAUCCAGAAGUCAGACCUUGACCUGCGCAAGGUGCUGUUCCAGAACAUCGUGCUCUCCGGCGGCUCCACCCUGAUCCGGGGCUUCGGAGACCGCUUCCUAAGUGAAGUGAAAAGGUUGGCACCGAAGGAUAUCAAAAUAAGGUAUAUUCUACGCUGAUUCUUCCGUGUUUGCUUAUAUUCAUCAUCACGUUUAUCUAUGUUCCAUCUGCUUUCGCGCCUAGUGACAAAGACAAAGCGCAUAUCAUCAUUUCUGAUUCAGGGCACAUCACGUUGGGUGGUGUGUAGGAGAACGUGUUCAGGACUAAAAGGUCGUCUCUUCUUUUGUAUGUGACCAUUUCUCUGGGUCGGCAAGUUCCCCGGUAUCGAGUAAUCCUCCCAGGAACGCCGAGGACUGCCGCUUGGCGCUGAAUAGCAAACGUCACGCGCAAACUGGGCGCAAAAUGACCGCCGACGUCUGCGCGCCUCUAAACACCAAUCGUCACCAUUGUCACUCGCAGAGGAUACGUGGCCUGGUGGUUUUGUCUUAUGCUCUAUCGCGGAUCACUUCAUACGAUGGCCGAUCGGUUGACUUCAGCAUGGAACAGCUUUGCUGGUCCACGGCUUACAAACAUAUCUGUGGAGACGAGGCUGCGUUCUGACACUGGGUCCCAGACUACC